GGCAGGACCACGAAAAUCUUUUCGAAAAUCUCAAGAGGCUUUAUAGCAGAUUUGCACCCUUUAUGGUGGCCUCUGCUUCUUGACGCAGCCCUUCCAGCCCACCCGGAACCGAAAAUGCUCGAAUGCUGUCUUGAGAUGGGCGCUGAUGUCAACCUUCGGAUUAAUAAUAAAAAGGGAUUGACUGUCUGGGCAGCUAUCUUGAGUAACGUCUUGAUAGAUAUGAUUCUGAGAGACAAGGAGCCGACGAGACAACAGGAAGAGGCUACUUUGGUGCUAUGGGAGCCUUCGAUGAGAUUGCUCAUUGGCCACGGCGCAAGCGUCGACAAAAUUAUCGUUAAGAAAGCAGGAAAGUUGACAGGAAAGAUAGUUUCAGAGCGAGACAGAGAGUACCUGAACGGAGAACUCGUACCACGGCUCUACCAAUCCAUUCAACGCAUCAAGAACGGGGAAGGAAAGCGUUAAUGCAA